AUGAAGAACGGCGUUGAGAUCCCGCUCGAGGAAGUUAGUCCUCCCAAAAUCGGUCAAGGCGGCUAUGUCGGAUUCAAUCCUCAUUCGGAAGUCUUGCCAGCUGGAUGGAAAUACGAUCACCCAGACACCAAACCCUUGGCAUCCGCAAUAUUGGUAGAACAUGACAUCGCAAUCACCAUGCGCGACGGCGCAAAACUUUACGCUGACAUCUACCGGUCACCCGACCCGGACGACAAAGUGCCAGCACUUCUAUGCUGGUCUCCCUUUGGGAAGAAGUUUAAUGGCGUUAUGUCACUUGGGUUAAUGACACCAUGGAAUCUCGGUAUCCCAUCUGGUACGCUGUCCGGUCUUGAGAAAUUCGAAGGGCUCGAUCCAGCUACUUGGGUUCCUCGUGGCUAUGCAAUCGUGAAUGUAGACACGCGUGGCGUGGGUGACAGCGAUGACCGCAUGACCAUAUUGGGCACGCAGGAAGCUGAGGAUGGAUACGAUACCAUUGAAGCAGUGGCAAAACUGCCAUGGUGUUCGGGUUCUGUCGGAUUGGCUGGAAACUCGCAUCUUGCUAUCGCUCAGUGGUUCAUCGCCGCUCAGCGGCCACCUUCGUUGAAAGCCAUUGCGCCAUUCGAGGGCUGUGGAGAUCUCUAUCGCGAACAAUUUGCCCGCGGGGGAAUCUACGCUGGAGACCUUUUCGACAAUCUCAUAGUAAGAUACAUGCUACAGGGACGUCAUGGACUGGAAAGUUUUCGCAAGAUGUUCAAAGAGCGCCCACUUGCUAAUGAGUGGUGGAACGACAAACGCCCUGAUAUGAAGAAGAUCAAUAUUCCGACGUAUAUCACCGGGACUUGGACGAACACUAUGCACGGUAUGGGUGCCAUUCGUGCGUGGCUGGAAGUCGAUUCCAAAGAUAAAUGGCUACGCUGGCAUCCGUGGCAAGAGUGGUAUGAUCUUUGGGGAAACCCACAGUCUGAUAGCGAGUUGCUAUCUUUCUUCGAUCACUUCCUUCGUGGCAUUGACAACAGCUGGCCGAGCACACCGCGUGUGAGGAUGGCGACUUUGCGAUUCGGCAACAAGACGCCCCAAGCACACGAAAAUAUCGUGGAAGACGACUUCCCAUUACCUAGAACGAGCUACAAGAAUUUGUAUCUCGCACCAGAUCAACGAUUAUCCCUCGACCCUGAACAUGGCCCCGCGCAAACAGUGUCGUAUGCAUCCGAAGAGCCACAUGGUGUAAGCUUUUCAUACCAUUUCGACUCACCCACUCGUCUUGUCGGACUCCCUAAAGCAGUACUAUACAUGUCAUGCGACGAUCUCGACGACAUGGAUGUGUACGUUCUCAUCGAAAAAAUCGACAGUAACGGGAACCCUAUGCUCAACCUCAAUAUCCCCUGGGAAAACCUUCCGAUCAGUUCGUUCGGUGAGGUAAAGCCACAUGAAUUCACCGAGGUGGUGGUCUACAAAGGCCCGCUUGGUAUCCUACGCGCAUCACAUCGCGCUAUUGACGAGGCGAAGUCAAUGCACCCACACUGGCCAUUCCACCCGCAUGAGAAAGAGGAGAAGAUCGACCCCGGUACAAUUACACGGUUGGAUAUCGGAAUCUGGGCAAUGGGUAUUGAGUAUGAAGCUGGCGAAGGACUGAGGGUAUCGAUUAGCGGGCGGAAUCUUGGAGUUAGCAAUUUUGGAAGUACGGCACACUCGUUGAACAAGGGGAAUCAUGUUGUUCAUUUUGGUGGGGAGUAUGAUAGUCAUAUUGUGCUCCCGUUCACCUAG